AUGACAACGAUUUCAGUGUAUAAACCGGUCCCAGUCACGACUACUGGCCAAAGGCAAAAAGGCGAAUCCAUUGUAUGUAGCGAUUCCAGCCACGACCAUUGGCCAAAGGCCAAAGAGAAGGGAUGGUGGCCGGCUAAGCCAGCCCUUCUAUCCGAAUUGUUUUCUCAGUAUCAUGGAAAUCAUGGUGCCUCCCAAAACACUGGCAAGCAAACAUGGACGUUUUAUGAGCGGAUCUCUAUGAAGGAAGGAGGGACACAUGUGAAGCUAGAUAGAGCACGGUAG